AUGCGUUUAGCUAUAGGUCACGGAUACUCAGCGACGAGCCAGAGUUUCGUCGACAAGAAUAAACACGGCGUCAAAUACUCUCCGGUCUGUCACGUGACAUCAAAGACGACAUUUUUCUCCGCCUGUCACGCAGGUUGUCGAACAAUAAUCAACGACAAGGAAUUCGGGAACUGCAGUUGUCUCCCACUGAGUUCAUCGAACCUCGUCUUCGACCAUGACACCGUACAACCUCUGGUGCAGGAUCAAUUAAUCCACUCGAAUAAUUUGCGAACGAUGAAUUACGACAAAGUCAGAGCCGGAAUCUGCUCGAACGAUUGCAGCGGGCCAUAUCUUUUAUUCACCGUUCUCAGCUGCAUCAUACAAACUCUGGCAUGUUCCGGGAAGAUCGGCAAUGUCCUGGUGAAUUAUCGCAGCGUCGACAAGAAGGAUAAAAGUUUCGCCCAGGGUGUCACUUUGAUGACCAUCUCCCUGUUCGCGUUGAUACCCGGACCAAUUAUUUAUGGAGUCAUCAUCGAUUCGACUUGUUUGAUCUGGGAAGAGUCCUGCUGAACCAGAGCGAACUGCUGGUUCCAUCAUGGGAAGAAUUUCAGAUAUUUAGUUAACGUAACGU